UACCGACUACACUUUGAGCAGCUUGGGUAAUUAUUCUGGGAAACGCGAUAAUCAUGGCAAUUUACAAAGGCAAGUGGGCAUGAAAUUCUCAACGUUGGACCGUGAUAAUGAUGUCUGGGAAGGAAACUGCGCAGAAGAGUAUCACGCAGGCUGGUGGUACACAGAGUGUACAGAUUGCCAUUUAAAUGGAGUCUACCCGGCGAAAGGAGAUGAUUGGAAGAGGCCAAACCUUCGUUGGGUUGAGCUAGAGAGUCCCACGACGGUCAAAAUGCUCAUACGUAGACAUGCUGAUAAUUAA